AUGGCAACCAAUAACACAACUUCGAAUAAUGUUUCCACUUCCUCUUCGUCCACUCGACCCACAGCAACAAAUCUCUCUUCAUCACCGCCAUCCACAACUGAUGCAACAUUACCAAUGCCGACUGUUGAACGUGUCAUGAAAACCAUUCCAUGUCCACCAAAUGCACGUUUAACAGCUUAUGAUGUAUUCGAUUCACGUGGAAAACCUCGCGUGGAUGUACUAAAAACACAUUUUAUAUCCGAAGGACGCGUCACUGAAGAUGUAGCACUUAAAAUAAUUGAAGAUGGUGCAAAGUUAUUACGCCAAGAAAAAACUAUGAUUGAUGUCGAAGCGCCGAUCACAGUUUGUGGCGAUGUUCACGGACAGUAUUAUGAUUUAAUGAAGUUAUUCGAAGUGGGUGGUUCACCUGCGACAACUCGAUAUUUAUUCCUGGGAGAUUAUGUCGAUAGAGGCUAUUUUAGCAUUGAAUGCGUUCUUUAUCUAUGGUCAAUGAAGAUUCUCUAUCCCACAACAUUCUUUCUUCUACGUGGAAAUCAUGAAUGUCGACAUUUAACCGAAUAUUUUACUUUUAAAACUGAGUGUAAAAUAAAAUAUACCGAACGUGUGUACAAUGCAUGUAUGGAAGCAUUUGAUUGUUUACCACUUGCUGCUCUGAUGAACGGUCAAUUCUUAUGUGUACACGGUGGUCUUUCACCUGAAAUCCAUACUCUCGAAGAUAUUAAAAGACUCGAUCGUUUCAAAGAGCCACCUCCAUACGGACCGAUGUGCGAUUUAUUAUGGUCCGAUCCUCUCGAAGAUUAUGGUACUGAACGAACGACUGAACAGUAUAGUCACAAUACAGUACGAGGUUGUUCUUAUUUUUAUAGUUAUGCCGCAUGUUGUGAUUUUUUACAAAAUAAUCAAUUGUUAUCAAUUAUCCGUGCUCACGAAGCCCAAGAUGCAGGUUAUCGUAUGUAUAAAAAAUGUCAGAGUACCGGUUUUCCCAGUUUGAUUACUAUAUUCUCUGCGCCCAAUUAUCUCGAUGUUUAUAAUAAUAAAGCUGCUAUUCUUAAAUACGAAAAUAACGUGAUGAAUAUUCGUCAAUUUAAUUGUUCGCCCCAUCCGUAUUGGUUACCCAAUUUCAUGGAUGUUUUUACAUGGAGUUUGCCGUUCGUUGGUGAAAAAGUUACUGAAAUGCUUGCUAAUAUUCUCAAUAUUUGUUCUGAUGAAGAAUUAGGAAAUGAUAAUGAACCGAUUGACGAAGUAGAUGUGACAAGUGAAGCUGCAUUAGCUGCACGCAAAGAAGUGAUACGAAAUAAAGUACGAGCGAUCGGAAAGAUGGUUCGCUAUUUUGCCACAUUGAGAGAACAAAGUGAAGAUAUUCUCACACUGAAAGGUUUAACUCCAAGUGGCCAAUUACCGCUUGGCACACUUGAAGGAGGAAAAUCAACGAUCGAACAAGCCAAACAAUUGAUUGCUGAUAAGAAGAAAAUCACAUUCGAAGAAGCGAAACGCUUAGAUAAAAGUAAUGAGAUUAUGCCUCCAUGGCAACAACUGCAUCCGUCAUCGUCGGGCUUAACGUCGGGCAUUGGCUCGAGUGGCACAGCAUCUUCUAAUAGUGGCUCGUCGUCACCACGACCUAGUGGUACCUCGUCCCCAGCCAAUGCAUUAGCUGAUGCGUCGUCAAGUGUAACGACAAAUCUCUUAAUUGAUUCAACAAAUACAAAUUGUAAUGGUAAUGAUAAAACAUCUGGCAAACCUUCAACUCAACAAUCAUCAUCACAUCAUCGAACGAAGUGA